CGCCGGUUGCGGCGGCGGAAGCGGCGCGGCGGAAGCGGCAGCCGGGAGCCGGGAGCCGGCGGAGCCGCAGCCAUGCCCGCCUUCAGGCAGGUGGGCGAGAAGCAGCUGCCGCAGGAGGUCGUGUUCAUGUCCUGGUCCCCCGAAAGGGACCUCAUCGCCCUGGCCAACCGAGCGGGGGAGGUUUUACUUCAUCGGCUUGCAAACUUUCAACGUGUGUGGAGUUUGCCUCCAAACGAAAAUACAGGAAAAGAAGUGACUGCUCUUGCUUGGAGACCAGAUGGCAAAAUUUUGGCUUUUGGCCUUGCUGAUACCAAGCGGAUUAUUCUGUGUGAUGUAGAAAAGCCUGAAAGCUUGCACUCCUUCUCUGUGGACUUAUCUAUUACCUACAUGCAUUGGAUGGAAGUAACUGAGGAAAGCAGUGUUCUCACUUCCUUUUACAAUGCUGAAGAUGAAUCAAACCUCCUUUUGCCUAAAUUACCAGCACUACCAAAAAAUUACAGUACUACUGCAAAAAUUUUUAGUGAAGAAAAGUCAGAUGAGAUUAUGAAGCUUCUGGGUGAUGUCAGACUUAAUGCUCUUGUCCUUGGUGGCAGCUCAGGAUUUAUUGAGAUAUAUGCUUAUGGAAUGUUCAAGAUUGCUACAGUAAAUGGGGUGGCAGGUUCUUGUCGUGGACUGUGUUUGUCUAGUGAUUUGAAAUCACUGUCAGUUGUUACAGAGAUACAAAGCUCAUCAGACAGCGAAGCAGAGAUGAUGUAUUUUCAGUUGGACACUAGUCUGUUAUCAAGUUACCUACCUGAAGUAACUCGAAUGGCACGGAAGUUUACUCACAUUUCAACUCUGUUACAGUAUAUAAAGCUGUCACUGACAUGCAUGUGUGAAGCAUGGGAAGAAAUACUGAUGCAGAUGGAUUCACGACUAACAAAGUUUGUACAGGAAAAGAAUACAACCACUUCUGUUCAGGAUGAGUUUAUGCAGCUGUUGUUAUGGGGCAAAGCAAGUCUGGAACUUCAGGCAUUACUAAUGAACCAACUGACAGUAAAGGGUUUAAAAAAACUUGGUCAGUCCAUAGAGUCUUCCUAUUCCAGUAUACAAAAGUUGGUUAUAAGUCAUUUGCAGAGUGGCUCUGAGGCACUUUUAUACCACUUGAGUGAAUUGAAAGGAAUGGCUUUAUGGAAACAAAAAUAUGAGUCUCUGGGAUUAGAUGCAUCUGGAAUUGAUGAGGCUAUUACUGCUGUUGGUUCUUUCAUCCUGAAGGCAAAUGAGCUGCUUCAAGUGAUCGACAGUAGUAUGAAAAACUUCAAGGCAUUUUUUCGAUGGCUCUAUGUUGCCAUGUUGAGGAUGUCAGAAGAUCAUGUCCUCCCAGAGCUGAACAAGAUGACUCAAAAAGAUAUCACAUUUGUUGCUGAUUUUCUUACUGAGCACUUCAAUGAGGCACCAGAUCUUUACAAUCGUAAAGGAAAAUACUUCAAUGUGGAGAGAGUUGGCCAGUACUUGAAAGAUGAAGAUGAUGACCUUGUAUCACCACCUAAUACAGAGGGAAACCAGUGGUUUAACUUUCUUAAAGAUAGUACUCAUCUUAAAGAAAGCCCACUUCUGUUUCCCUACUAUCCUGAGAAAUCACUGCAUUUUGUCAAAAGGCAAAUGGAGGGGAUCAUUGAUCAAUGUUUACAAAAGCCAGCAGAUGUAAUUGGAAAGUCAGUGCAUCAAGCAGUCUGCAUUUCUCUCUACAAAAUUUCUCAAAGUGAAGAUUCCACACCUCAGUUAUUUAAAUUACCAUUUCUGUGGAAUGACAAAACAUCUAAUUUACACUAUGUUCUCUUCACUAUGUUAGAAAAUUCUAUUUCUAAAAUACACAUUUUGAGGAGACAUACUGAUACUUCCAGGUCUGUCAGUAAUGGGAUUCUUGCAGUAGAGUUUGGAAACUUCUUGAACAGUAGUAUAAAUGAGAGCUCAGACUCCAGGUGCUACAGUUGUUUGGAUGCUCACUUUUAUGAUGAUGAAACUAUAACUGUAGUUCUGAAAGAGAGUGUGCAACAAGAGGGCAAGGAGAGAGUCUUGGCUCAGCUGCCUUUAUCUUCAGUAUAUACGGAUGAGGACCAAGAUAGGAAAUUCAAUUGGGAUUCCAUGGAAAGGCUGGAUGAGCGAAGCAGUGAGAUACCCACACGUACUGUCUUCUUGGAGAGCCAGUGGAGAGUGCUGGAGAAUAUGAAAGCUCAGUAUGUUUCUGUAAAUGGCAUUAGAAAAGUUUCUUGUGUGCUAAGUUCCAACCUCCGCCACGUCAGGAUGUUUGAGAUGGAUGUAGAGGAUGACGGGGAAGUUGAGGAAGAAGAGGAAGAAGAAACAACUCAGAUUGCAGCUGGGGAACCUGAUGAGCCAAAUCAGCCUGCAGAUGGCCAGGACAAUGUGUGUGAUGCAUCUGCUGAAGAACUACCUGAUGAAACUGAGGAGCAUGAAACAAGUCUGGAUCCUUGAAAUAGGCUUUGGUAAUAGUAAAGGGACAGGACUGAACUGUAAAUACUGUUUUUAAUGGCACAAAGAAAUUGUGUAUUGAAGAAUGAAUAGAAAAUAUUAAAAGCAAGUUCAAACUCA